ACUGCUCCGCCCCUGGAAUCAGGCAGUAUCGCGAUCACAACACAAGAGACAGUUGACAGUCGGAUGAUUUCUGCGAAUUAAGAAAUAGCCUAACUUAUCUCUACUCUCUGCUGAUCAAAUGGAUAGCUCGGAUAUCAGGGGAUACAUUCAAAGGUUUGAAGACCAAGGAUACAAAACAUGGAUCAGAACUACAAUGAUCUUGGAGUGCCUCAAAACGCGAAUGGGCAGGUUCUUAGAAAACGAAACUGAGGUUUUUCACAACGCCUUGAAUGGGAAAAUCAAGCUGGAGGAAAAAACGUGCAUUGGUCCGACUAAAUGCGAUUAUAAGAAAGUGCCAACCGUGAAAUCGGCUCCUAAUAAAUUGUGUCGUUUGUGUGAUGCUUGGAAAGGGGAGAUUUUGUCAGAGCACAAAAACCCUAACCCCAGCAUGGUGUAUUGGAAUAACACCACACCUUACCUGUGGCCUUCACAUAAGUGGGAGGUGGCUAAGGUCUACAUGCCACGUGGCAAUAUGAAGCACAAGUCUGUGGAUGACUUUGACAUCUCGGCGUACCUCACUCUAAUGACAUUCUGUCGACACUUCCAGAAGUUUGUGAAAGGCCACUUGCUCUCUCAGGUGACUAAUGUGAGGAACCAGAUCAUGCAUUCUGCCAACUUUGCGGUGACUGCUGAAGAUUUCCAGGAUUACAUGGGUCGGAUCAGGGCUCUUGGGGAAGCGUUGGGAGAAAAGGUCCCAGAAUUCCAGAGCUUUUCCAAGGACAUGGCUGAGAUUCAGAACAUUAAUUUCCAGCUGCAUUUUGGACGCGAUCCUGGGAUCCAUUUUCAAGGACCUUCUACAGACAAAUAUGAUGUUACAAGUAUUCUGAACAUGGAGUUGAAGAUUAUGAAGGACAAGAUGGAGUGUCUAUCUCAAUUGUAUGAUGCAGACAGAGAGGACAUGCUCACGUCAGAGGAGCUGCAGAAGGUGAAGAGCUUCUUGGAUAUGAACCAUGACCUCCAGGAGAAGCUGCAGCCCCAGUGGCAGAGGCUGGAGGCCGUGCAGGCCCAGCACGGACUGCAGAUAAACACCCUCACCGAGAGAGUGGGCGAGCUGGAGAAGCACACAGUCGUCACUGACGAGGAGUUCAGCUCCGAAACCCUCAUGUACAAAAACCGUCUUUUGGAACGUGCCAAAAAAUACAAAUGGGAUAAUCCCGUGUUCUCUGAACAAGACGAAAGUGCAGGGUUCAGGGGUCAGGUAGAGGUCCACGGUGAGACAUUCCUGGCGUCACUGGUGUGUAAGUCGAAGGCACAAGCACACCAGGCAGCGGCAAAAAAAGCACUGCAAGAGCUGGCCACUGUGAUAGCCAAUGAGGAAGCAGCUUUAGGUCAAGCAGCCAAAUCACAGGCAGCAGGGUUCUCUUUCUACGCAGCAGUUACGGUGUCCCUUGCCGUUGACGUCUCCCCAGAUAAGGGUGUCUCAGCACCUGUGGACAGAGUGGAGUGUGUUUAUGAGAAACUAGUCUCUUUGUUUGGACUGGGAGCUGCCGAUACAGGUUCCUCCAAUAAGGAGAAGGUACUGCAGUACUGUACCAGGCUAAAGGUCCUGCCCCCAGUGGAAAGGAGCUCAGCCUCCAGCUUUGUCCUGAGACUCAAUGGGAAAAUUACCUUCUAUGACUUGGAGGGGUCCGGGUCGAAGGCGGAGGCAGUGCAGCAGGCAGCGAGAGCGGCCCUGGAGGCUCUGUGCGGGGUGUUGGACAAGGCUGCUGUCAACCAAAACAACCACAAAGGAGCUCUGCAGGAGCUGCUGGUGAGGUUCAAACAACCCCAUCCGGAGUACCACGUGACGGAUAGCCCGGCAGGCCACGGGGACAGGGUCACAUGGCUGCCAGAAGCAGACCCCACGGGUGGCCUGGCAGAGGGGUCAGGGCACCGUUACCAGGAGGUCGAAGGCGCAGAUGAGGGGGCUCAUGCUGAGAUUGGGACCCCCAUGAAACGAAUGAUAACGGAUCGUUCUGACCGGCCCAGCAAAAUGUCUAAGGUUCUGCCGUCGACGGCUGGAAGUGAACGACCGGAUGGGGGGCAGGUCUUAGGCUCCGUAGAAGUGACCAUAUUGGUUGACCUCCGACCCCACCAGGCCGCUGACCAGGAGGGGGCAGUAGGAGCUGCCUACAGUGACCUGAUGAAAGCCUUGUCUCUGAGCCCUGCACCUAGUGGUGAAGAGAAACAGGCAGUUCUGGAGUUCUUCAGAGAAGCUCAAUGUUGCCCCCCUGUGGAGAAAAUAGAUCAUAGACCUGAUGGAACGUACAGCUGUUCCCUGAGAAUUGACGGGAAACUAACCUUCCAGAGUCCAGAGCGGUCCACCAAAAAGGAGUCUGAUUCUCUGGCAGCCCAGAAGGCCUUGGCUCACCUGGAGGGGCUGCAGACGGUGAAAGACCUCAAGCUUACUGGUGAGGUCAAAGGCAGACUGCAAAAGGUGGCAGCCGACCUUGGAAACAUCGGUUUGCCUGUGUAUCGUACCACAGACGCUGGCAAAGUUAUAGAGGGGCAGGUCUUAGGCUCCGUAGAAGUGACCAUAAAGGUUGACCUCCGAACCCACCAGGCCGCUGACCGGGAGGGGGCAGUAGGAGCUGCCUACAGUGACCUGAUGAAAGCCUUGUCUCUGAGCCCUGCACCUAGUGGUGAAGAGAAACAGGCAGUUCUGGAGUUCUUCGGACAGACUCAAUGUUGCCCCCCUGUGGAGAAAAUGGAUCAUAGACCUGAUGGAACGUACAGCUGUUCCCUGAGAAUUGACGGGAAACUAACCUUCCAGAGUCCAGAGCGGUCCAACAAAAAGGAGUCUGAUUCUCUGGCAGCCCAGAAGGCCUUGGCUCACCUGGAGGGGCUGCAGACUGUGAAAGACCUCAAGCUUCCUGGUGAGGUCAAAGGCAGACUGCAAAAGGUGGCGGCCGAUCUUGGAAACAUCUGUUGGCCGGUGUAUUUGACAGCAGAUGCUGUUGAAGUUACAGAUGGGGGGCAGGUCUUAGGCUCCGUAGAAGUGACCAUAAAGGUUGACCUCCGAACCCACCAGGCCGCUGACCGGGAGGGGGCAGUAGGAGCUGCCUACAGUGACCUGAUGAAAGCCUUGUCUCUGAGCCCUGCACCUAGUGGUGAAGAGAAACAGGCAGUUCUGGAGUUCUUCGGACAGACUCAAUGUUGCCCCCCUGUGGAGAAAAUAGAUCAUAGACCUGAUGGAACGUACAGCUGUUCCCUGAGAAUUGACGGGAAACUAACCUUCCAAAGUCCAGAGCGGUCCACCAAAAAGGAGUCUGAUUCUCUGGCAGCCCAGAAGGCCUUGGCUCACCUGGAGGGGCUGCUGACUGUGAAAGACCUCAAGCUUCCUGGUGAGGUCAAAGGCAGACUGCAAAAGGUGGCGGCCGACCUUGGAAACAUCUGUCGCCCGGUGUAUUUGACAGCAGAUGCUGUUGAAGUUACAGAUGGGGGGCAGGUCUUAGGCUCCGUAGAAGUGACCAUAAAGGUUGACCUCCGACCCCACCAGGCCGCUGACCGGGAGGGGGCAGUAGGAGCUGCCUACAGUGACCUGAUGAAAGCCUUGUCUCUGAGCCCUGCACCUAGUGGUGGAGAGAGACUGGCCGUUCUUCAUUUCAUGCAACUAACUAAAUCUCGCCCCCCUGUGGAAGAUAUAAAAAUGUCAUCAGAUGGUACUUACGAAUGUGCUCUGAAAAUCGACGGCCGGUUCAUCUUUCAAAGUCCAGAGCGCAGCUCCACCAAGAAGGAGGCAGAGAAGGCGGCCGCCGGGCAGGCCCUGCGGCACAUGGAGGGGCUCCUGAGGGCCCACCGCCGCCCCCUUCCUGUGGGGGACAACCACAAGAGCAGGCUCCAGGAGCUGCUGAUGUCUGGGCUAGGGAACGCGGUUCUGCCCGUGUAUGCAGCCGUCGACGCCAACGACCCCCGCCACACAUGACUGACGCACGACCUUGUGAAGGGGAAGCGGGCGCUGGUCUUUUGGUUUUGUUUAGCCAAUGGGAUGUUUUUUCCUGCGGGGGUUGCAGGUUCAUUACGUAACGCAUUGGGAUGGUUUGUGUAAUCAUGGGGCUUCACUAAUUAACUAACCAUCAUCGUAUAUACACUUGUUCUAUGAGUUUUUAUGACAAAAAAAAUUGCAUGAGAGUGAGAAUACUAUACGCAUAGCGUUUUAUUAGCAUUCCUUUGCUUGAAAAAGCAAUAUUUAUAAUUUCUUCAGCUUUUUUCUCUCUGUUAUUGCUGCACUGAAUUCUGUCACUUUUUACAAUGUAGUGAAUUCUGUCUGUA